UGGUGGUCACAUCCAACUCUUCUGUCUCACAAGAGCAAUCCAAUUGUUGGCGGGCAAAAAAAUUCUUAUGUCCCUCGAAAACAUGGAAUCUGCCUGCCCUUCUACGACAUUUCGACAUAUGAUCACCUCGUCUGCUUUCUCCUACGGACUACCUUCUUCUGUUUUUCCACCUCCCCCUCCACCUUUAGUCUCGACAGCAGAGGCCUUCCGGACGGGAUCACUGACCCAGCUCGCUUCUUCCGGCUCCUCUUCCUCGGACUUUCAAGCAAUCAACGAGUACGCUACAAAUCUAACGAUACCACCAUCGGCACCUGUCUCUGAUUCGGAGUCACGACCCGUGGCCUCUCCUCUGUCCUCAUCCAGCCUAAGAGGUUUUCGGAACGGUGGACCCCCAUCCUCUCCGAGUGAAACCGGUAACACUGAUGGUGAUACUGCUGAUGAAGGCCAGCAAGGCAGCACUGACGACGAUAACUCGCGGGACAAGAGGCCAUUCACAAGUAACUCAAGCUCCUUGACGAACGGGAAAGAAUCACACAAGAAGCCCGAAACAGAAGAACCAACUACCGGCAAGAGGUUUCGCCACGCCAAAACCGUAAGACUCGGUAUCAACGCAAGGGAACGUCGCCGAAUGCACGACCUGAACGACGCCCUCGACGAUCUCCGUUCGAUCAUCCCGUACGCCCAUUCCCCAUCGGUGCGAAAAUUGUCCAAAAUCGCUACGCUUCUCCUGGCUAAGAACUACAUCCUCAUGCAGGCUAAUGCCCUAGAAGAGAUGCGCAGGAUUAUAGCGUACAUGAAUCAAUCUGGUGUUCCUCUGCCCCCUGCAGCGGCGGCAGCUGCGGCGGCUGCCGUGGCCAUACCCUCACCAGUCCCCGUGUCUGGUGCAGCCGUUUCGGUCACAAAUUGUUGUAGCGUCGAACCCUACACUUACGGUAGAACUCCAGGUCCUUCUUAAAACAACACACGAUGAAGGACAAUUAAGUUUAUUCUGAAAGCUGGCCCUGAAAAUCUUAGAAAUAACCAAACUCGUUUGUGCAUUUCAACAAUUCAGCUCUGAUCAGUAAUAUUCAUGCUCUGUACAUAGAAUGUAUACUUGUAGCGUUUAUGUCUACAAAUAAUGCUCUUUAGAACAAAGUGAAAUAUAAAUUUACAAACUUACAUAUAUAUAUUUAUUUAUAUGUGUAUACCCCUUUAAAAAAUUCACUAUUUCCUAUUUAUUUAUUGCCUCUAAUUAUCUUUGUUUCUAAUUAACACUUCUUCCAAAAAAUGUUAUUGGUUCAAAGGUUUGUUUCAAAAUAACGUGGGCUAACAAAAAUUCCAAUGCAAGAGGCGAAAAAAUAUGUAUUAUACUUGUUCACGUUUAAAUUAUAGGGAACUAUAAUGUGAAAAUAUUAUCAAAUGCAAUAAAGAGAAGUAAAGUUAUAGAAACUCAUCAUUUAUAAAUGUAAAAUUUACCACUUUUAAUAGACAAUCUCGUGUUACGUAAAGAAAACAAACAACAUUUAUUAACAAGCUAGUUACUGUUACAGUAACUAUAUGAAUUACUUACUCUCCUGUUUAAGAGCUAUUGCAAUAUUAGAUGAAACAGAAUUAGAGUAAUUUCCUACUUUACAUUAUCAGAUGAAGGGUCUGAAACUCUUCCUCAAGUAAAGCUCCAAACUCUAAUUGGUGUUUUCAUCACAAGGGAACGAAAAAAAGUCUGUAAUUUGCCAUUAUGAGCAGUCCCCAUUUUUGCGAAGAUUAAGUUACAAAAUCUAAGUUUUCUUUGUGUAAUUUUACUAUUCUUUACAGAUAUAACAUACCAUCUGAUAUUACCCAUGUGCUAUUGUAUAAGGAUGUUUUAUGUGGUCAAUAAACUAUGUAUUACUUCAA